AUGUGCCUCUCCAUCAUCGCUCUAUUCGAAAACCGUUUCUUCGUCAUCUGCUCGAUGCGCGGCAACUUCAUCUGGGAAAAGUUCCGCCCAUUUUGGCUUAUAAUCCAUUACAUUGGUGUCAUUCUCAUAGUUAUCCCAUUAGGAAUGAACGUUCCCAACCAGGAGAUUGCCCUGAAACAAGUGUUCUUAAGGUUACCAUGUCUACACCCUCAAAUCUAUGAGGCGCCCAUUUUCGUGAUGACAGAUGAUAUCACUUAUCCAUUUAUUGUCUGUUUUUCAAGCACCACUUUCAGUGUCCUGGAAAUUGUCACGUUUUGCUUAUCCCUCACUUGGAGUAUCUUAAAACAACUGAAAUCUGGAAAAAUGUCUCGAAAAACGUUCGAAAUGCAGAAAAGAUUCUUUAUCGCCUUAUUAAUCCAAGUCGGUGUCCCAUUUUUCGUUAUCCUAUUCCCAUUUUUGUAUUGUGCGAGAUCAGUUCUCUUCAACUAUUACAAUCAAGCCUAUAUGAACUGUGCUAUUAUCACUUGGUCUAUUCAUGGAGUCGUUUCUACCAUUGCCAUGGUUUUUAUACAUCAACCAUAUCGAAUUGUGAUACUUGGAGUGUUUCGUCGGAGAACUCAUAUUGUUAGUAAUGAAUCAUCUCAGAGAUCACUGGGAGUGGCAAGGACAACUCAACAACCUUCGAUUGCUCCGGUUCAUAAUUUAGUUUAG